AUGGCAAAUUAUACCAAAAUAUUGCCUGAAAUUGAAGAUGCAGUACAAGUGGAUGUUGAAAUACAUGUGCAGGAUAUUUCAGCAUUAAACGAAAUUACGGCUGAUUUUAAUGUUGAUAUUUUAUACACUCAAUUAUGGAAUGAUCAAUCAUUAAGUUUUGCUAAUUACAAUGCUUGCAAACGAAAUAUAACAAUGGAAUCCAAGUUUAUAUCAAAUAUAUGGACACCCAACACGUGUAUAAUUAAUGCGAAACGAACAGUAAUACAUGCUUCACCUACUGAUAACAUUAUGGUUAUCUUAUAUGAAAAUGGUACUAUAUGGGUUAACUAUCGAAUGUCUGUAAAGGCACCAUGUGAACUUGACUUGAGGAUAUUCCCUUUCGAUAUUCAAUCUUGUAUUCUAAGAUUUGAAUCGUAUUCACAUAACAAAGAUGAGGUGACAUUGCGAUGGAUGGAUCAUGCGAUUACGUUAAUGAAACCGCUUCAAUUACCGGAUUUUGAUUUAGUUUGUUAUAGAACAAAUAAUGAAACAAUUCUUUAUCCCAAUGGUUAUUGGGAUCAACUUCAGGUUAUUUUUACUUUUAAACGACGGUAUGGAUUCUAUAUUCUACAAGCAUAUGUACCAACUUAUUUAACAAUUAUUGUUAGUUGGGUUUCUUUUUGCAUGGAGCCUAAGGCAUUACCAGCACGUACAACAGUUGGCGUGUCGUCACUUCUUGCACUUACAUUUCAAUUUGGCAACAUUCUCAAAAAUCUUCCACGCGUUUCAUAUAUUAAAGCGAUGGAUGUUUGGAUGCUUGGUUGUAUUACUUUUGUUUUUUGUACAAUAGUUGAAUUAGCCAUUGUAUGCUUUAUAACACGAUGCUUUGGUGGAAAUUUGAAAAAAAAAAUAACACGAAAACGACGACGACGUCAAAAACAACAAAAUGACCAAUCACAACAACAAUUAUGUUUACGGUCAUCGUCACCGGACCCUAAUGGUAUAUGUCAUCGCAGCGGUCAUUCACCCAGAACUUACUCAUUAUUUUCACCAUCCAACUUGAUGCAGCAAAAAGGAAAACCUCAAAAUCGGAUGAUCUCAGCGUCAGUCUUUCGAAAAUCACCAUCACCAACGUUAAGUAUGCAAAAUUUAUCCCAUUCGAUUCAUAUUUCAGAAGCUAGAAAUUUCGAUGUUAUCACACCUGCAGCCACCGAAAAAUUACUUACAUUUGAAGAGCUUGUAUAUUGGUGGUAUUAUCUACUCAGUAUAUCUGAACAUCAUAUCGAAGAAAUGAGAGACGAAAAAAUACCACAGCAAUUUGUUUCAGGAAAUUCCGGACUAUCAUAG